UUGAAUCAGGUCUCGGAGCAUGCGGGGUUGUGUCAGUCUGCAGGCAGUUUUGUUUAUGGAGAAACGAAAAGGAGAGUAAACAGAUGCUUAAUCUCAUCGAACAGAACAGUGAUUCUCUUCGUACCUGGUAUUUGUAUAAACGUAUAUAGUUGGACAAGUUUUUAUUUCAGGAUGUAUCCAACCUCCUGCGACACUUUCGUAGCCUUGCCUCCAUCUACAGAGGGUCAGCGGAUAGUCUUCGGGAAGAACUCGGACAGACCCUGCGAUGAAGUUCAAGAGGUGGUCUACUUCCCUGCUAAGAAACAUGAACCAGAAGAAAAGCUUGAGUGUACUUAUAUAGAGAUCGAGCAGGUGGCUCAGACUCAUGCAGUGGUCCUGAGUCGUCCCGCCUGGCUGUGGGGGGCAGAGAUGGGGGCGAACGAGCAUCAGGUGUGCAUCGGGAACGAGGCGGUUUGGGGGAAAGAGAGUGUGGAUGGUGAAGAGGCUCUGCUGGGCAUGGAUCUCGUCAGGCUGGCUCUGGAGAGGGCAGACAGUGCGGAGCGCGCUGUAGACGUGAUAACAGAGCUGCUGGAGAAAUACGGCCAGGGAGGGAACUGUAUGGAGGAUGAGUGUGGGUUCACCUACCAUAACAGCUUCCUCAUAUCAGACCGCACCGAGGCCUGGGUGCUGGAGACCGCUGGGAAGUACUGGGCAGCAGAGAGAGUGGAGGCCGGCUAUAGGAACAUCUCUAACGAGUACUCCAUUACUGCUAAGAUCGAUAAGGAGCACCCGGAGUUGAGGACGUAUGCACAGGAGCAGGGCUGGUGGAACGGAAAGGCUACGUUCAACUUUGCUAAGGUUUACUCGUACUCCAACACAGCCCGGAUCGAGGCGGCAGGGGGACGCUUCUGCGAGGGCCGCAAGCUUCUGCAGAAGAGCGAGGGCCACAUCACGGCAGAGACCAUGAUGGAUAUUUUGAGGGAUAAGGAAAGCGGAAUCAAUAUGGAGGGAAUGUUCAUGACGACAGGAAGUAUGGUGUCCGUCGUCCCGAAAGACCAGAAUUUCCCCGGUGUCCACUUCUUCACUGCUACUCCAGACCCUGACAGGUCUGUCUUUAAGCCAUUUAUUUUUGUAAUGGACAUAAAGCAGCUGAAGCACACGUGCUCUCCGUGUUUUGGAGAAGAGGACCCUGUGAAGAAGAAACCCCGUUUCCAGAGCAAACCCAACCGCAAACACCCUCUGUUUCUGAAACACGAGGUGGCCGCCGCCAUCAUCGACAGCACCAGGGAGAGAGGAGAGAGGAUCGUAGAGAAGAUGAGAGCUCUGGAGAAGCAGAAGCUGGCAGAGAUGGAGAAAUAUCUAACUGAGGGGAUUGAAGAUGCAACGCUGCCGGUUCAUCUCUUCACAGACACUGUAGACGAGGAGUUUAGUAUCUACAGCAGCGCCUGAGACUCAGUUUAGAAGUGCUGUAACUGGAUUAUUGGGUGUUUCUUCAACUAUGGGCACUCUGGACACUAAAACACACUUUUCAUCUGUUUCACGAAAUUGCAGCUUGGAAUGGAGGCGUAAUAAGAAAUAAUUCAGCUCAAAAUUGAUAUGAACAGAAUAUUUAAUUGUGUCUGAUUUCUGUUUACAUCACAUGCCUCACAAUUGAAGGUCUUUACUGAUACUAGCUAUAUUUUAUAACCUGUUAACAAAGGGAACAUUAUUGUAAAGUGUAAAAAUAAUAAAUCUUUUGGUAAAACUAAAUCUAUAUAUAAACCAUCUGAAAAGUAACCAAUAUAAAUGAAGGCAUGGUUAACAAAAUCCAAGGCGGUUUUAAUGGUGUGACCUCCAUACAGCUUCAUAUUUUAAAAAACACUCAAAAAGUUCCAUAUCAUAAACGUUCCCAAAGAGUACCAUAUCAUAAAAGUUCUCAAAAAGUUCCCAAAGUUCCCAAAAAGUUCCACAUCAUAAAAGUUCCCAAAAAGUACCAUAUCAUAAAAGUUCCCAAAGUUGAAUGAACACCCUUGUACGGUUGCCGAGAGCUAGUGUGAGAUAUGAUUUGCACAGUCAUGCAGGCUCUUCCUGUGUGUUUGGAUAUCAUUUGAAAUCAUUGUAUAGAAGACUCUUAACUUGUAAUAGUCAAUAAGCUAACACUUUAUUUUAAGGACCAAUUCUUACUUUUAACUAGCAUGCAUAUUACUAGCAUAUUGGCUGUUUAUUAGUACUUAUAAAGCACAUAUUACUUAUUCUGCAAGACCAAAUUUUAGACCUAUCCCAUCUUACUAUUAAUAAGCAGCAAAUUAGGAGUUAUAUUGAGGCAAAGUCUUAACUUUAAUAGUGAGAACUGGACCUUAAAUUAUAAUGUGACCGUAAAGGCUAAUAUAUUUUAACUUGUCACAGUGUUCUCAUCACUGAUGUGUUACUUCAGUUAAAAUAAUGGGAUGUUUUUACCAUUUUAGAGUGUGUGUCAAAGAUCUCAAAUGGGAAAUCUAAAUUGUCUGCCUUGCCUUGUCCAUAUUCAGUGCCGAUUCGUUUCUAUGAUAUCCUAUGCACUCAUCAAACACUUGCAGUUAAAUAUUAAUUCCAGAAAUGUUUGAUUGUGUGAACAUUACGUUUCCAGGAACCUACUAAGUCACCGCUCUAUUAAAGUAGAUCUGUUCAGAAAACA